ACGAUGUCCACAGCCAUCUUGCCUCCAUCCUCACUCCUGCUGAGAUGCGAAGUCUGGCCAUCUGGCUUCGUCUAAGAUUUAACAUCAGCCGUCCCAUUUGGAUCGGAAUGUACAGCACCAGAAGUGUGAGGCGCAAACGCUGGCGAUGGGUAGAUAUGGCUGCAAUGCACUACACAAACUGGAAAGCGACAGAACCGAACGAUGCUGGUAGGAAGGAAGAUUGUGUCACGAUGGAGUACGUUUCAGGUACGCUGCAGUGGGCUGAUGAAAAUUGUUCCCUUCAGUUCAACUACCUGUGCAAAAUUUCACAUUAAUGGACUGCAGGAGUUCCUCAGGAGGCCAAUGGGACUGACCUGGAUUGGUGGCUUCUUCUUUCCAUGGUGGCCCAGGGCCUCUAGUUUGGUUCAGUCCAAGUCUGCAACUACUCUGUGGGACAGAUUUAACCUUUCUCUUGGCUGUGGCACCAAUAA